UGGGCGUAUCUGAAAUUCCCACCAAUACUUAUAUAAUAUGAUAUAAAUGAUAACGCACAACUGAUGGAAACUGUCGAUGUUUUAAUUUCGAGAGAAAGCGUGCGCGAUUAUAGCUCCCAGAAGCAGAUUCAUCGACUCGUGAAAUCAAAAAGUAGCCCAUCUUUUGGAGAUUUCAUCUGGUGCUGAGUGCUCUGAUCUGCUGGAAUUAUUUUCUCCCUCACCAUAUUCACCAUGGCAGAUGCGGAAGGUAACCCUGUCAGGAGCAGUAAGCGUGUCCCCAUCGUAGUGGGCGUGGUCGCCGCCGUCUGUGUGGCCGCCGUGGUUAUUGGAGUGGCUGUUCACUUCUCCAGCAAAGAAGAAGAUAACAUUGGGAAAACAUCAGCACUAAAACAAGAAGUUCCCCCAGUCAUUCCAACAGAAGAAGCCUUUGGUAAUAUCAAAGAUGGCAGACAAGUGAAAAGAUUUACGUUUACCAACAAGAACAAUGUUACUGUCAGAAUUAUCAGCUACGGAGCUACAAUUACUGAUAUCUUGAUGCCGGACAAAAACGGAAAAAUAGUUGAUAUCAGUUUAGGCUUUGAUACCGCAUCAGAAUACGAGGCCAGGCAUUCCUACAUCGGAGCAGCACUCGGUCGGAUAACAGAGCGUUUAAAGGGAGCACGUUUCACAAUUGAUGGCGUAGAAUACAAUGUGUCGGCCAAUGAAGGACAGAAUCAAGUCCAUGGAGGCUUCCAAGGAUUUGACUCGAAACUGUUUGAUGCCAAAAUUGAGGGAGACAUGGUUGUGAUGACCUACGUGAGCCCGGAUGGAGAAGAGGGAUUUCCGGGAGAGCUAACAUCAGUGUUCACGUUCCAGCUGACACAGGACAACGAGCUUAUCCUGGGCUACAAAGCAAAGACAACAAAAGCAACUCCUGUUAAUUUAUCUAAUCACGUGUACUUCAAUCUGGAAGGACAUAAAGCUGGUAAAAAUGGCGACCAUAUUUUGACAGUUUACACCAACAGAUACGUUCCAAUCGACGAGGCCUUUCUUCCUAAAGGUGACGGAGAGAUAGCCAAUGUCAAUGGAACAGUUUUUGAUUUAACGUCACCCACACUAGUGAGAAACGUAAUAAAUGACAUCAUCGUUUCCUGCUAUGUGUUUGGUAACCGAGGGGAGAUGAAACACGUGGCAAAGCUUGAGAACCCUUCAAAUGGUCGCUUUGUUGACGUUUACACAACGGAACCUGGAGUGGAUGUUUAUUUCUCCUCCCACAUGAAACCAAACCUCUACGGAAAAGACGGAGCAGUUUACGGGCCAUUUGAGGAUGGAGGAGUCUGUCUCAUUCCAAUGCAGUUACCAAGCGGUGUAAAUAUGCCAAAUUUUCCUGAUACCGUCCUACGACCAGAAGAAACUUACACACAGAAAACAAUAUACAAAUUCGGGUUUUGAAUUUACUAAAAGAUAAAUCUAUUUUACAUUUGAGAUCUCAGAUUAAAAAAAAAAUGUAACGUCAUAAGUGUACAAUUUUCUCGGCUGUUGCGACAGGAAAAGAAUGGGGUUAACAGAAAAAUUUCACUUUUUCCCAAAGACAAAAUUGUGUUAUCAAAAUGAUAUUAAAAAGAUGUUAAAAGACACACCAAAGCUCACCAUUGUCAGAUUGUAUUCUUGAAUGUAUACAUUGUGCAGUUAUACGGUUUGAAUGUUAAAUAUUCAGAAAGAGUCUCAGCUUUAUUUUGAAUGUUUUCUAAUUGAAUAAAACGUGUAAAGAAAAUAGAAAAGUAACCAACAUGUGUUUAGCAAAAGAUAGCUCAGGUUAGUUUAGUAAGAUAUUAUUUGAUAUGGAAAACAAUGUUCAAGUAUUGAGAGUUACAAAUUUUUUAGAUGUUAAAGGUAGUAGUAAGGGCGUGUAUAUGUGAUUGUUUCCUCUUUCUGUCAUUUGUUUCAAAUACACUGAUUCUUGUCAUUUCUUUUUCAAACAUCGCUUUUAAAGAAUACAGAAUUUGUUAAGUACAACAAAUUCUGUAUCCUUUAAGCGAUGUACAUUUAUAUACAGAAGAAAUGAAGUUAUUGAAGUAAUUUGUGUGUGUGUGAGGGUAGGGUUAUGUAUGAUCAGAGAUUUAUCAGUAUAUUAAUUCAGAUUGGUUUAUGUCUAUGUAAACGUAUUUAGUACUGCGUGAGGUAACAAUUAUAACAAUUAUUUGCUCUUUAAUUUUAUUGAAUGAAGGUUUUGUUGUAUAUCAUGU